AUGGCAGAAUCAACCGCAGGCAUCGCCGAGAUUAAAUCCGUCGCCGGACAGGUGAGUGAGGCAGAGUGGUCGAUCCGCCAGGACCUUGCCUGUUUGUAUCGUGUUGUUGCCCAUCACGGGUGGGACGAUUUUCUGUUUACCCACCUGUCGGUGCGUAUCCCCGGACCUGAACAUCAUUUCCUGCUGAAUCCACUGGGUUUGUACUUCGAAGAAAUCACCGCUUCGAGCCUGGUCAAGGUGGACGUGGACGGCAACAAGGUCAUGGAUACACCUUAUGACGUCAAUCCAGCGGGCUUCACCAUUCAUUCGGCGGUGCACAUGGCACGUGACGAUGCACAUUGUGUCAUGCAUCUGCACACUGACGACGGCGUUGCCGUAUCGGCUCAGGAAUCUGGACUGUUACCCAUUACCCAGCAUGCCAUGCAACUGGGUGAGAUUGCCUAUCAUGACUACGAAGGUGUGGCCCUGGAUCUGGACGAGCGCGCACGUAUAGUCGCCGACCUGGGCACACGCCAGUGCAUGCUGCUGCGCAACCACGGCACACUUACCGUGGGCCAGUCCUGCGCAGACGCUUAUAUGGCCAUGUACUAUCUGGAGCGUGCCUGCACCAUGCAGGUUCGUGCGCUGAGCGGCGGCACAGCCAUCUGUCAGCCACCACAAGGCUCAGCAGAAAAGGCCGCGAACCAGAGCAAAGGAUUGUUCGACGGUCGUAUCGGUCCGCUGGCCUGGGACGCGGUGAAAAGAAAAAUGCAGCGUUUAGACGACAGCUUUUUGCACUGA